AUGACGCUGUCCCAAACCGAACCGGGUACGGAUCAUCGGAACGUCAUCACAACCCUGAACCCCGGAGGGCCCCCGCUGCCCCCUGGUGGGGACCUGCUAUACAUGCGCUCUGUGGGACGCAACGACUCGCUGCACUUCCUGUUCUGCAGCCAGGGGGCGCCAUCACUAUUGCUGGUCCACAGCAGCAAUCCUGAUGCCAUGCUGAAGGUGGACUGGCUGCAUUUCCUGCAGCGUAACUCCAGCAGCAACCUGAGGGUGGAGCCAGAGAGCAGCGUGGUGCACAGCAUAGCCCUGGUCUUCAGCCGCUUGUGGGAGUACCAGGACCUGAACGACACGGCUGACCCCAGAUCUGACCCUGGGUCAGUGUUUCCCCCAGAUGAGUUGCAGGACGUGGAUUGGAGCCGUGUCCGUUUGAGCACGCUCAGUGCAGAGUUGUGCGGAGCCAUAAGGAUGCGCAAUGGGAGCAUCUGUGUGCAGCUGUCCGUCUUUGAGGAAUGGGGGCGGGACGAGCUAUGGCCACGCCUCCUCCACAACAGUGACUCUGCCCAGCUCAAGUUCUGGUUGGACGGUCUGACCCCGAGGACCGCCCACUCCCGCUUCCUUUUGGAGCUGAGGACAGUGAGCGGGGCUCCGCUAGAGACUGUUCAAUCAGUGCGCUCCAUCGACGACGAGUACACACCCUCUAUUUUCACGGUGUCCCAGUGGAGGUCCAACUCCUCGCUCUCCUUUGUGCAGUGGAAGCCUGUGGCUUACCGUGACCGCUCAGCGAGGCUGGAGGUGGCCACGCCCCUUACGCACUGGUAUCCCCAGCACCAGGACCCGGUCUCCGCGGCGACCACGUCAGGGCUGGUUCUUGGUUACUAUGGCAACAAUACAAAGACUAUAGCAAUGAACAUCAGCUUUGGGCUGAGCGGAGAACCGUUCUACAAGGACUUUAUGAGCUGGACUCUCCUUGUUGGUAUCGGGGACCCUCCUCUGGACCAGUUUUCAGUCCUGGUCUGGUCUGUUCUGCUUGUGGGUCUGGGCUCACCACUGCUGCUAUUACUGCUUGGCGGAGCUUGUGUGUGUGUCCGUCACCUGACUGGUCCCGCCUCCUCCACAUAUGAGCCAAUUAACUGA